AUGAUAUUACGCCUGAAAAAAGCCUCUCCGGAGGAGCGAGAUGCUUUACUGGAGUCUAUUCUAGUUGAAGAUGGCUCAGUGAAGCUCAAACGCAGCUCACCGCCGCCGUUUACGCCUUCACCUUUAGGCCCAAAGAAAUCUAAUCGGGAAACGAAAUCUCACCAUUCUGAUGAUGAUGGUAUAUCUUCAGAUGAGGAUUUGGAUGUUCUCCCUUUUCUCUCUGUCGAUGAAGGGGGAAAGGUGGAUACAUUCGGUCCCUCAUCCGCUCUGCAAGGACCGACGAAGCCAGUAAUUUCGAAGGAGUCACCUGUCACUGAACAUGUUCGGAACCAGCUUAUAGCAAAUGCAAUACUGCAACGUCAACGAGAGCAUGACAUUAGGUGCUGGCAGGAGAUUUACGGCGUUCCAGUGGAGCUCGCUAUUCAUCUACUGGACCUCCAUUGGAACCGACAGCAUCACAGUUUCUUAUUAACUUAUAGACCCGCAGUCAUGAGAGAUCUGAUACAGAAUGGGCCGUAUUGUUCGGAAUUUUUAAUGAAUGCCAUCUUUGCAUGUUCCUGCAAGUACUCACAAAGAAUUGAGGUCCGGGACAAUCCCGUAGACCCUGAAACGGCAGGUGGUCGGUUUUUUGCUCGUUGUGAUCAAAUCCUCGCGGACCAAUCACUUUUGAACUCUUCAAGCAUUGCGACUCUGGUCGGACUGCUUCUUCUUGGAUCAACUUACAAUGCUUUAGGCCAAACCUCUAAAGGUUGGCUCUACACUGGAUAUGCCCUUCGAAUGGUCUAUGAUCUUGGCCUUCAUCUUGAUUAUAAAGCCACGACUGCAAACGCGGAGGAUAUUGAGAUACGACGCCGCGUAUUUUGGGGUGCAUUUAUUUGUGAUAAGCUACAGAGUUUGUAUCUGGGACGACCGAUGGCCAUUCACAUAAGGGAUACCCAUGUGUCACGCAACUUUAUGGACACCAUGGAAGAGAAGGAAUUAUGGACACCUUAUGUUGACCCUAGGCUGCCAUCUGACUCGUUACCAGCUAUGCCUGGCACUCCUACUCCAAUCCAUUCCGUUACAACUUUCCAGCAGUUAUGCCUCUUGUCCAAAAUUAUGACCAAAAUCAUCAAUCGGUUCUACGUAGUGGGAGCUACUGCUGCUAAUGCAAGAGCUAGUCUACAGUCAAUCGACGACGCAUUGAUAUCCUGGAAGGACAACCUCCCGUCUGACCUUAAUUUCGAGCCUUGGUCUGACAACCCAUUGACUGCCCAAGCUCGUCCAGCCCCUAAUGUCAUGAUCCUUAAUGCUUUAUAUUACUCUUUGGUGAUUCUGCUUCAUCGGCCGUUUAUUGCUGAUGGUCAUCUUCGUUCUGCUGUUGCACCGGCCAGCUCAUGGAAGCGCUGCACUUCUGCCGCCAAAAACAUAACUAGUAUAGUACUGGCAUAUAAGUCAGCAUAUACUCUUCGAGGAGCUGCUUAUUUGUUGAGUUAUGCAGUUUAUGUUGCUUGUACCAUUCAUGUUCGCAAUGCUGCAGCAACUGACGGCAGCCAGCCAAGUGAAAAUUCUUCCAUUCUCUCUGCAAGUCUUCACAGCCUCGAUGAACUGUCGCUACCGAAUUCUGGAGUGUCUAAAACUGCGAGCAUAAUCCGAAAAAUCAUGGCUGACAAUGGCCUAAAACUUGUGUCCGGUAAUUCUAUCAAUUUGAAAUCCUAA